AUGCAUCUCGCGAGGGUGCUCUCCGCCACGUGUCGCAAUGCGGUGAAGCAGCGCGGCACCGUGGCGGUACCACCAUCGCUGCCCGUAGCACUGCAGCAUCAGCGGCGGCACCAGAGCGGGCAGCAGAGCGGGCAGCUGAACGAGCAGCAGAGCGGCCUCGCGGAUUUCUUCGAACAGGGUCGCACGCCCGACGCGCCCGUCACCACUGGGCGCGGGUGGCAGGCGUGGGAGCUGCGGCACAAGUCGUUCGAGGACCUACACGGGCUGUGGUACGUGCUGCUCAAGGAGAAGAACCUGCUCUACUCGCAGAAACAGAUGCUGCAGUCGCAGGGCCGCCGCAUGGUGCAGCCGCACCGCAUCCGCCUCGUGAAGGCAUCAAUGUGUAGAAUAAAGCAACGACCGCUGUACGAUCAACGCAGCGCAAGCAGCGCAUUCCCAAUUCAGGAGAUCUUCCGGUUAGAUCCUCACACCCGUCGUAGUUCAACUCGACCCGCCGCCCCCCCCACCGUCUCCUCCGCGCCACCUCCACGUUUCCCCCGCCGUCUCCCCGUUCCCCCCGCUUUGCCCUUCCGCUGCUCCUCCCCGUUUACCUGUCCCCCCCUGGUCCGCGAACGGGGGGAGCGCGCGAUGGCGGCGCAGCGGGCGCCGCCGAGCUUCCGCCUGCGCGCGUACUAUGGGAUCGACUUCCCGGGAAAGGUGGCGGUGCUGGUGGCGCAGUCGCUGCUCUCCUUCGCGCUCGCCGCAACCCUCUUUGGGCGCUACGCGGCCGCCGUCGCGCUCGUUCGCCGCUUCUGGCCGCUGCUGCCGGCGCAGCUCACCAGUUUCCUCGUGGGGUUCUCAGCAGCCUUUGCUCUCCUCCUCGCCUUCGCCUAUUCCCUCACCCUCUCAGCCAACCUCCGCACCUCCCUCCUCCUCCGCCCCCGCCUCGCCCGCCACAUGCUCGCGCUCGUGCCCGCCUGGCAACCGGUCCGCACCGCUCUGGACCUGGGGAGCGGCCGUGGCGUGCUGCUAGCAAGCCUGGGGCUGCAAUUACUGGAGUGUGGCGGGGAGGGGCGGGCGAUUGGGUUUGAUAGCUGGGAGACCAAGAGCCAUGCUGCUGCUGGUGGUGCCAAUGGUGGGUUUAAAGGUGGAAGCAGAUUGGAAGUGGAACGGAGUAGAGCUUUAAAAGGUGCAGCUGCAGGUACUGGUGAUGCUGAUGCUGGGGAUGGUGUCAGUGGUGGUGCUGCUGCUGAUGGGGCUGAUGGUGCUAGUGCUGACGUUGGCGCCAGUGGCAGCAGCAGCAGUGGGAGGCACGUGCGGCACAGAAGAGCAGAUAAAGCCAAAGCAGACCACCCAGGCAGGAGUGCAGCUGGAGGCACUUCCCCUGGCCAUGCUGCUCCUGCUGCUCCAGCGAGCGGGCUAGCAGGCGUGUCAGCGCCAGCAGUGGGAAGCAUGGCAGGGGCGCUGAGAGCAGCAGCAAGGGAGGGCGUGGGGGCGCUGGUGACAUGCAAGACGGGCGCCUUUGACCGCCUGCCCUUCCCUGACGCCUAUUUUGACAUCGUUGUCUCUGCUCUUCGGCUCCACGCUAUUGCCUCGGUGCUAGAGGACUCAGACUCUCAAGCAGCACAGAGGGAGCGGCAGAGGGUGCUGCAGCAGGUGGCGAGAGUGUUCAAGUGCUUAAGCCGGGGGGGAGGGUGCUGGGUGGACUUCUCACUCCCUAUAUCCCCCCUUCUCCCCUUUUCUUGCCCUCCCACCCACAUGACAGGUGCUAGAGGACUCAGACUCUCAAGCAGCAGAGAGGGAGCGGCAGCGGGUGCUGCAGCAGGUGGUUAG